AUGGCUCGAAUUUUCCUUUCAUUGAUAUCAGCUCUCUUCGGCACUUUAGCAAUUGCCAGUAUAGACUGCCGGCCCAACGGCCCGGUAGUCCCUCGACCAACCGACUUGGCCAAUUCUCAGGUGGUUACCUCCGCCUUGGGGGAUUUGACCAAUUUACUCCAGCAGGCAGUCGACGGCGAUGUUAAAGGGUCGAACCUAGCGAACAGCUCAUUCUCAGUAGCAUUGAUUUCUUUUUCCCAACAAGAUGCGGCCAUCCCAAUUUGGGAAUUCCACCACCUCUCACCCGCCAAUGUAAAUGGCACCAAGAAUCUAGACCGAGACUCUCAGUAUCUCAUCGGCUCAGUUUCUAAAGUCUUCACCGAUCUCGUUCUGCUCAAGAGUGGAAUCGACCCAGAUACCCCUGUGCGGGAGUAUCUGCCGUCGCUGGAAGAUGGUCGCAUCAGCUGGAGGGACAUUACACUAAAGGCACUCGGUAAUAACUUAGCAGGAACUCCGGCAAUCUACGGUUUCUCGGAAUACUAUUACAUUAAGGAAGUCUUCGAACUCCUGGGUUUCCCACCCCUAAACAAUUCGGAAUUCCCAGAGUGCGGAGUCAUCGGCCUAAAUAGCGAUUGUGAUGCGCAAGGACUGCUGCGAGGGCUACUCGAUUCAUACCCCGUCUCACUGCCGGCUCAAUCGCCCGUCUACUCCAGCCUCGGCUACUCUCUCCUUGCAAUUGCCUUGAAAGAAGCUACUGGAAAGAAUUACACGCAGCUUCUAGACGAGCUUGAUCCCUCAACUUCCUUGUCGGCUUCCCAUGGGAAAUCCUCCGCACCGCCCAACCACCCCCAUGUUGUCGACGUCUACGGAAAAGGAGGCGGUUCGUGGGGUUAUCUAUCGCAAUUGAACAUCAUCGACGAGUACGGCAUAGCGUUUGUCGUCCUCACCGCCGGUGCGGCAGAGGCCAUGUAUCCCAUCUCUGACGCCGUCCUUGCCACCGUGGUACCCGCCGUAGACGAAGCUGCCCGCCAACAAGCCGAGAAAUACACUGGCCUGUUUUCCGGAGAAGCUAAUGGCGUGGUGGUCAAUGCCACGGUCGAGCUCGACAGCGAUUCUAUCGUCAUUCGGUCCUUGUACCGUGACGGACACGACAUGUUGGCGGGCAUACAGGAAAUUUUUAAGUAUGCAUACGGUGAUAUGCUCGGUCUCCGCGUAGAGACGCCGCGUCUAUUCCCUACGGGGAUCGAGGAGGUGAUGGAGGUGGCGGCCGAAGGUUGCGAUUCGGCCAUUUCGGCGAUCCGCGAAGAUUGGAGGCUGACUUGGAGUGACUUCACUCUCCUCCAGGAGCCGGGGUUGCCUGCUGCUAAUUUGAGUACACAGACCUGCUUGAGUUGGAGCGGGGCUGACUGGGUGCACUAUGGCAAGCAGCCCUUGGAUAGAUUUGUUUUUGUAAGAGACAAGAAGACUGGGGAUUUGCUAGGAUUCGAGGCUCCAUUCCUGCGGUCUGGUUUGCUUCAGAAAGUGAACUAG